AUGAAAAACCUAGGAGUAGCGAAGAAGUUUCUAGGAAUUAACAUUGAGCAAGGCACAGAUGGUGUCAAGAUAUGCCUCAAUGACUACAUAGAGAAAGUCCUCAAGGACUUUAAUAUGAUUGACGCAAAUCCAGUCGCAACUCCGUCAUUGUUAGGACAGGACUUGCAUAAAGAGGACACUGAAGAAUGUGAUGCCACAAGAUACCGUUCGCUCGUAGGGAAACUAUUGUUUGCCGCUACUACAGUGAGAACAGAUAUAUCGUAUGCAGUAGGCAUGCUUAGCAGACACCUAGCCAAGCCUACCGAGCUCCAUAUGAAAUGUGCCAAGCACGUUCUCAGAUAUCUCAAAGGAACACAGGAUACCGGUCACCAUUACACUGGAGAUGGAUCCUUAGACAUAUACUGUGAUAGUGACUGGGGAAGUGACAAGAGUGACAGGAAAUCACACCGGAUACAUUGUCAAGUAUGGCGGGGCGCCAAUCUCAUGGAAAAGCAAGAAACAGCCCACAGUAGCACUACUGACUACUGA